GCCCUUGGUGUUUGGGUUGUCCGGGCGCCCGUGAUGGUUCCAAUGUGCGCGCAGUAUGACAGAUGACCUAUUGAAAUAAUUUCGGAGCAGUGCUGGGGUUGCCAGGACAACCAGUGCUCCCUGGGCUUGCGCCGGGCCAUGUGACAGCCGCCUUGACGUCAGCUGGAGGCAGAGCCCGCGGUUUCGGCCGCGCAGCCAAAGCCUUGUGAGAACCUAGUGGAUGCUGGAUUUAUCCCCGCCGCCGCCGCUGCUGUUUCUCAGGGGCUGCCAGAGCAUGGACUAUUAAAAACUUGCAUUUCUGCAGCGUGAGUUAAUAUUUUGACACCAAUAUGGGAAAGCAAAACAGCAAACUACGCCCUGAAGUCAUGCAAGAUUUGCUAGAAAGUACAGACUUUACAGAACACGAGAUCCAGGAGUGGUACAAAGGCUUCUUGAGAGACUGUCCAAGUGGACAUUUAUCUAUGGAGGAGUUUAAAAAAAUAUAUGGGAACUUUUUCCCUUAUGGGGACGCUUCUAAGUUUGCGGAACAUGUAUUCCGCACUUUUGAUGCCAAUGGAGAUGGAACAAUAGAUUUCAGAGAAUUCAUCAUAGCCUUGAGCGUAACGUCGAGAGGUAAACUGGAGCAAAAGCUGAAGUGGGCAUUCAGCAUGUACGACCUUGAUGGGAACGGCUACAUCAGUAAGUCAGAGAUGCUGGAAAUCGUGCAGGCAAUCUAUAAGAUGGUUUCUUCUGUAAUGAAGAUGCCAGAAGAUGAGUCGACACCAGAGAAGAGGACAGAGAAGAUCUUCCGUCAGAUGGACACCAAUCGCGAUGGAAAGCUCUCUCUGGAAGAGUUCAUCCGAGGCGCCAAGAGCGAUCCAUCCAUAGUCCGUCUCCUGCAGUGUGAUCCCAGCAGCGCCGGGCAGUUCUGAACCUGUUCUUUGGAUUAAUUAUGUAUCUGCUUUUUUUUUUUUUUUUUCCUUGCCAAACAACAUUCAUGGUAGUGUUGCCUCUGUAUGGCCAAUUAUGCCUUCUUUUGUGGCAUCUUAUAGCUUCUUUUGUUGUGGAUUAAUUAUAAGAAUGCUGAAUUGCUCUUAACAAUUUGUCCAGAGCACGGGCAGUACUGUUUUAAACAGAUAUUGUGGUGUUAUCAUUGUUUUAAAGAUUUCAUUUUGGUUUUUGUUUUAACAUGUCUAUUUUGGAAAGUACGCGUUGAGAAGGAGGAAACCAACAACAAAACCCUUGGCAGCAAGACACACUGACAGAUUUUUAGAUUGCUGCUUUAGUAGCUGAGUAUUCACCCGCGGGACCUGAAAGUGUAGUAGAGGUUGAACCAAAGGGGUUGUGAUGGGUGGGGAAGGAUUCACCUGGAACCUCCUCUCCUGUCCAGGAGGCACCAGUUAAGGUCAAAGACAGGAGUGGGAAGAAGUAUAAAAGUGCAAAAUGGGUGCAGGGUGUAUUGUCCACACCCCUGCUUCUACGCCUCGUUGUUUCAAUGCUGUGAACAUUUUCCAGGUUGUGAAGGAGAAGGGAAAAAACAAAGAUGGACAGUUUUUCCUAGGUUUACAGUGGUUGAUUUUGCGUGGCUUUAUCUGAAAAUUCAGCAAUUUGCAAUCCUGAUCCCCAAAUCCACAACUGAUGAUACCUCUUGCCAUUUGGGAUCAGCAAAGGCAGACACAGAUAUGGAAAACUGGGUCUUGACAAUGAAUUUAAGGGAGAUAUAUGUUGAAUGUGAAAUUUUCAGGUUAGUAAUAAAGCAGUUUCUGCUAAGGAGAGUGGGCAUUCACGUGAGGAACUCACGGACACGCAGCUGAGGCACAUCUGCUGUUCUGAAUGCUCUUGCGUAGUAUGAAGUUUUGGGGGGUUUUUGUCUCUCUCCACGUAGCUAACGGAGUUUCUGGGCCUUCCCUUAGGGGAAGGCCGUCAUCAAAACUUGUUUUAAACAUAAAAUUGUAGCAUUUAUAUUUCAUUUAUUUUAGUAAAGUUCGAAAAAUCUGUACUGAAACAAGGAAAUGGUACGCUUUAUGGUAUAUUUAUAUAUAUAAAAAAUUAAAACAAAAAAAAGAUCAGCUCUUGAGAGAAAUGUUGAAUGUUUAUCUUUUCACCUAGAUGCAGGAGUUCUGAAAUUUGCUGCUGCAGAACUUUAUCCUUUGGUCAAAGUUGCUGUAUGCAAAGCUAGUACACGUACAUGGGAUUUCUUAGGGACUUUACAAGCGCUGCUGCUGCAACGGAAAAGCUUUAGCGACAGGAGGCAUUAUGCUGACUAAAUCGGUAUUAAUCUGUCAUUAGCUAAAGUCUGCUCUGUGAUGCUGUUGGAGAGGUACCCAUGUAGGCUGUGCACAGCGUUGGGAAUUCGUGAGCUCGUUAGAGUAACCUUUGUCUGACAGGCAAGGUUGGCUUUUUGUCAAGUGACCUUGUAGAUGCUAAUCCCCAGUAGCCUUAAUUUAAAAUAAACUAAGUAAAAUAAGUCUGCUUUGCAGAUGAUGAUUAGCUAAGUACUAAUUAGAAGUCAUGAAGAAGUAGCCGAGUAUGAAUAAUUUUUUGUUGAACACUAGCUAUCAUGUACAAUAACUGAGAGAAAAAAUCCUAGACUUAAUUUUCCACACCGUUUGCUUUGCCAGGUGUGAAGUACAGAGCAUAUUAAAAUAAAAUAAAAAUAAAUUGAAAACAACAUUGCUAAUCAGUUGUACUAAAAUUAUUUUGAGUGGCUAAUUACACACUCAAUAAAUGUCUUCAGGCACACACCUUUCUCUCAAAUGAUCACAGAAAUCCAGUUGAUGAUAUAUUCCCAUUAUAUUAAUCAAAAAAAUGAGCAGAGGUAUGUGGGGAAGUGAGAAAGCAAAAGAGGCCCAACCACAAACAGAUUUCAAUCCCUAGUGCUUUUAGCUGUUCCAAGCAUCACUGGCAAAUUUUGCACCAAUUCUUUCAGCUGAUGGAAAUGUUCUAUAUCUACGUUCAUUAGACACCCUGUGCACAAAUCUAACCCUUCAAAGGAGAGCCUGUGCCUACAUUCUUCAAGGUAAUUUUCUGCUUUACCUGGAGAGGUUCUGGCACUCUCUCCCAUAUCCAUCACCUCCUGUAUAUUCAAAGCCAUGUUCCCUCUCAAUUGUUUUGAGGGUUGCUUUUCAGCAGGACGAGCCUGGCCAGGCUGCUGGGGGGUGCUGCAGGAAGGUCAGUGAACAGGCGCUGAUCAGCACACCCUCUGUCAGACGGGAGCGACCAGUCCCGCUGCCCCAGCCGCUCCCGGGAUGCUCCAUCACCACUCCUGCGCGGGCAGGACUAGGUGACGCUAGAGGAACCCCGCUGAACUUCUAACGUACCGGCUCAGCGCAGGCACCCAGAUCCAAAGCAGCCCAGACCUACAGAAGCUGGCAUUUACUGAAGGUGAACUUGGAUACCUUCUGCAGUUCCAUCUUCUUCUUAAUGCUGUGAAAGCAGUUGCAUGUGACCAAAACUUUUAAAAUGUUGCCUUUUAUUUAAGUAAGUGACUGCAUUCCAUCUCUUUUUUGUUUUAUAAGAUAUUUCUGUCCCAGAAUCUAAUCUCUCAGUUUGUUUCUGCUCAGCAGUUCUGGGGCUUUGGGGCCAGGCUUGCUUCACGUGACAGUACUGUACAACACGUGCUUGAAAACACAACCUGCGAUAUGACUCCAGGCCAGCAGAGAUGUAAUUCUUCCCACAGUUCACAAAAUCUGGAAGAAUAAGAAAUAGCCUACAGCUGCAGAGGACAUAGCUGGAGAUAAGACUACUGUAUAAACAUUUACAGAGUGAACUAAGGUUAUUCUUUUACCUGACUACCACUGAUGACUGGUAUUGUUUUAAAUUAUUAACUAUCGUUUUCUUUCUCUGGCUCUGCACAUACUUUAAAAGUGAUGCAUAGCUGGAGUUGUGAUAGGAACAUCUGCAGACCUCAGAUCAGCAGGACAGCAGUGGUGUGCUGCGCCUCAGAUUGGAAUUUUCUGCUUUGCUGCCAUUCGCAUCAUAAACUUUUUGAAGACAAAAUGACUAUCCUGUAUAAAAUACCACAGCGAGUUAGACACUUUCAAGCCAUCCAUUAGCAAUAUUUCCAUACAAGCAGAAUGGCAGACAGCCCACACUAUUUCACAUCACCUCUCAAUUUUGUUCUCCAGUAUUAGUUGCAUGCAAAAGAGGUAACCUUCACUCACCUGUUGUCGAAAUGAAUUAUUGAGUACAUCCCGCAUCUAGAUUAAAUCCAUGCAAAAGUCCCAUUUAUCCAGCAUUCCCAGUCAGCUUGCCAAACUCUGGGCCAGCAGAUGUGAAGUGAGGACGAUGGCUUGUGCAAUCUGCAGCACCCUGUGUUUGUUUUAGGGUGCUUUGGGAAGGGAAAUGGGAACACAACCCUUGUAAAACCAGCACACGUGUUUUCGUGAGCACUUAUGGUUUGAGAGGGACAGAAGAAAGAUCUAUGUUUCAACAUUAAUUGAAGCCCUGUGAGUUCACGGCAGUGGAUGUUCCUGAGGAGCUGUGCUGUUCCUCUUGCUGUUCUCAGGAUCUUGCAGGAUUUUUUACCUUAUUGUUGGAGCAUUUUGUCCUUUUUUGUUCUCUGUUUUAAAGCAUGACCUCCAAAUUUUCUAGACACUGCUGCUUAAAACAGUAAGCCAGAAGCGUGUGACUUCUGUAGCUGGAUGAGGUCUAUGUGUAUCCCACACUGGCACUAGCACUGUUCACACAUGACCAAGUCCCCACAGUUUAACAGCUGCCCCCGGGGGUUGAGCCCCUGAACCUUUCAGCGUGUACUCUCUUCACCGAUGGCAAACCUGCAAUAAUGCGGCUUAGCUUAAUUUUCUUUCACUGCAGACCAGGCUAAGCUGCAUUUGCUGUGGGCUGGAAGCACACACAUGGGUAGAAACCUCGGCUCAGCUGACUCAUGGAAACUUGUUGAACUGUGGUAACUUGACGUUGAGCCCUAAUCCGCAGCCUAAGCCGAGUGAGAACAUGGCCUUGGCUGUACGUCUCUCAGUACAUGUGAACCGGGGAACACGGUGACAACUGGCAGGUCCCUGGGGACACGUGGCGGUGUGGAGGGAAUCCCCUGCCUCGGCACAAACGCCCUGAGCUCAGCUGUCUUACUUCUUUUAAAACUCUUUUUUUUUUAGCAACACUGUUGAAGAUGUAACAUGAUAGCAAUAUAGCAUGAUCAGAAUAAAGGAGGCAUCCUUCAAAAGAGUUUCCUUUUGAAGUCUAGUGUACGAGCACCAAGCAAAACAAGCGGAGGGGAGGGCUGGCCAAGACCUCUCCUGAACACCUGCUAUGCCAGCACCUCCUUUGUCUUUCUGAUGGUGUUCCCUCGGUUUCCUGUGGUGAGAUGGUCCUUGGGCUCAGGAAUUAGGUACCAGGUAACUGGUGCAAGACCAGUGGAGAAGAAUAUUUUACCUGCCCUUUGCACAAGCGUUCGGAUGCAUUCUUUGCUCCGUGUCUCACUGAGCAGGAUCUCACGUAGGAGUCUUAAAGUGGGGGAAGGCAGUUUCCUUGGUAUCACAGGCAGAACUUGUGCUUAGAAAUGCAGAAAAACUUGGCAAGCGUCAGACAGACACUGGGAGCUGCGUGCGAAGUUUUCCAUUGACUGUGCAGUAGACAGAUAAGAUACAAAGCAGUGAUAUGUCAGACUCGUGGUGUGAUGUGCUCUGAGAUAGGACUAGACCAGAAAUGGCACCUUUUGCUGAGCAGCUCUGUCUGCUGUGUGCUCAGUCAGAGGUGCUGACAAAAUCGACUUUUAAAUACCUUUAGCAUGAACAUGCAGCUGCAGAAGCAGAAUAACUCUACUUUUUCUUACAUAUAAGUAACAGAGCUGUUUGCUGUGCUCUGGUUAGAAGCUGAACAAGGAAGAGAAUGUGACAUUUCUUAAGUGUAACUGAGGACAAAAUGUCGCCUGCAGGAGCUUUCUUCCCAGUUGUGGUAGACAAGAAGGGAAAGCUCCAUCCAACUCUCAAAGCCCAGGUGCCAUUUUGCAGCCUGGGCAACAUGAGAAGAACAGCUAUGUUUUAAGCACACGGAGGGAAAAAGCAGCAAGGUUUGUAAAUUGGCAUGGAAAACAGUGACACUAGAAAUUGGGACCAUCACUGAGGAGCUACAGAAGCCAUUAGGUGCCUCUGGCAUUCAGAGCAGUAGAAUGAUCAUUCAAAGGCAAAGUCAACCUCCUCGUCCCUUGCAGAAACCAUCCCUGGCUAGCAUGGGUGUCUCAGUUAGCAGCACCCCUUAUUGCAGCCUGGCUUUUGCUGUUGUUGCUUCCAAAUCAUCCAUACUGGGAAGUUGUUUGGGGGGUGGGGGGUAGAUUUUCACAGGAUAAGAUAUAAAGCUUUUCAGACAUACUCUCCAUUUCUUAGCAAGUAACAGCUGGGAAGGCCAGAUUGAGAGGCUUCUUGCAGCGUAGCGAUUUGAUUUCCUCAUUGCUCCCACAAGUCAUAAGUGUUAUUUUAAUAUGUAUAGUUGGGAUUAAGCUAUCACAUGUAAAAUACUGACUAAUGCACAAUAAACAAGGCAAAAAAGAGCUUGGGUUGUAGUGAACAAUGUGAAAAGACUAGAGAAAUAAAAGACUGUAAGAGAUCUCACUGCCUUUACAUCACAGUCUGAAUUCGCCAGGUGAAACUCCCCCGUAGCCGUAGCACAGAAUAGCUCCUCUGCGACAGCCCCGUCCAUGGGCUGCUUCAUCCCCACGUCACCACAUGCCGAGCCGAGGGACUCCGAGUCCUGCCACAGAGAUGGUCACCUGGGCUUUUUCAGCCUGCUGAGUGCUUCCCAGGUCCCAAAGCACGCAAUGGCCACCCUCUCCAUUGUGUUCUCUUACUGUGCAGCUGAGACACGUCUUAGAUCUUCCCCUCCUGCCCUGAUCUUAUACCAAAGAUGUUCUCACCUUCCAGGGCAGGCGCUCAGGGUGUCUAGCUCUCCGAGGCUUUGUGCCCACGUCCCGGUUGCCGUCCCCACCCUCAAUGUGAAUGAAUAACAAGCACCAGCCCUUGGCGUCUGGAGGAGCCAAGCUUGAUGCACUCAGAUGGAACAGCUCCUGGUUUGGUUCACAGCCUUUGGCCCUCCUGUCUGUACCUUGCCAACCACACUAUUUAUUUCCUAUUAUUAAGUAAUAGUAGUAUUAAACUUUUCAAGAACACACUGAACCUCUGGAACAAUGUGGUUUUCAUUAUCGUGUAUGGUUUGUUGAUGUACUGCAGACUGAACCUGACCGGUGCUCACUCUCUGCUCCCAUGGUUUAUUCCUUGGAGAGCUGAUUUCUUCCAGGCAGGAGCAGUAUCUUCCUAUGCAUCACCCUUCAGCAUAUGAUGCCCUGAUGCUGCCUGGAGCACCCAGAUGCUGUGGACCAAGAGAAAAUUUUGGCGCAGUAAUGUCAGGCAGAAACUCUUCCUGCCAUCCGUCAAAAACAUGUGUCAAGGGUGUGACCUCUGGUUUUCUCCUCCCUGGGGGACAGGGGUUGCAGCAGUAUUCAGGGUUGGCCUCACGUUCCCCCACCAAACGGGAUCAUGGUGAUUAGUAAACCCACCUGAGAAAAUCCUCUUGAAUUCUAAGCUUCAUUUGUGCUGAUAAUUGGCUGCGCUCAGAGGGAAGAUUAAUGGGUCCUACGCAGUUGGUUGGUGGAGAACUUGCAGUUCCUUGCCGCCACCACCUUUUUAUUUCCUAUCAUUAACUUAUUCCCAUUUCCAGGGCAACCAAAUAGUUUUUAUUAGUAAAUGGGAGAAAAAACAAAACAAAACAAAACAAAAAAAACCCAGAGUUUCAAUCCGAUAAGGAUCUAAGGAAGCUUACUAAAGACAUUGUACCCCACGUUAGUCAUAUGAAUGCUCUACAAGAUCAUGUUUCUUUGGCAUUUUCUGUUUGAUUUCCUAAUUCAUGUUUGAGUUGUGUUCAUGAUCUAUUUAUUUAUUUCAGAUCCUCUUAGAUCCAGCCCUGCCGGUCAUUUAGCUCAUAUGCUGGCAAAAGUCUCAAUUAUCCCGAAAGCAGAGCUGCCUGAGCAAUUACUAGCAAGGUGGGCUCACCGUGCCUAGUAAAAAUGAAGUGCUUAAUUACGUUAGGGAUUAUUGUUGUCUGCACAUUUGCUGCAAGGAGACAGAUUGAGCCACAUUUCAAUAUGCUUAUCUCUUCCACUUGCUCAUUUCCACUCCAUCCAAGCAGUCCUGUAGUUUAUAUUUGUAUAUUCAGUUCUAUUUUGCUCUUGAACCUGAGGUGACCAAUAUUGGUCUCUUCUGACAGAAGUACUUGGUACCUUUAAAUUUUUAGAUAUUGCCGAGUGAAUGACACAAUAGAUGUGAAAGUAAAUAGUUAUACAUUAGUUUGUGUAAAUUUGGGCAGGUAUUUUUAAUACCAUAGAGACUAAUAAGUUGAGAUAAACCAUGGCCAAAAGCUGAAUGGAUCCAAAUGCCCAGUUCCCGUUUAAGCCCAUGACCAUUCCACAGGGAGAGCUUUCUCAUCUCUGUUCCCUGAGGCUGUUUCUGCAUUGCAGCGUAGAGUAGAGAUACCAAAUCUAACUUUAAAUUAGCUACCACGGGCAGACUAACUGCAGCAGCAUGUAGUUCAGCAUAUCCUGUGUCUUGGCAAAAUUAGAUACCUCUCUAGAUGAAUGCUUUGUAAGCAAACCUACAUAUCCUAAGGAAGACUUUUACAACUCAGAAAGGAGGGACAACUAUGAAUUAAAUGAAUUUGGUCUGCAUAGUUUUCUUAUGGCUGUCUAGAAUUGCUAGUGUCCUGCGUGUAGUUGCCUAUAGCUAUCGUGAUGUGCUAAUUGCGCCCCCCCCCCCCCCCCCCCCCGAUUCUGUUGUAAGCUCAUCUGGUGAUAUUCUGAGUCUCCAGCCAGUUCUCAGCCAGGCAAAGCCCACGGGAAGGACAUCUGGAGGUGCGCUGCCUUCAGGAAGACUGGGGGCGGCUCUCGGGAUCAGUCCCGGUGCUGUUGCACGCUUUGGGAGCGUGUAUCCACAGCAACGCGUUAAACCUACCUGGUAAAUGGAAGUAGAUGAUCAGGCCAUGGAAGGAGACAGAGAAUUUGGCGGAGGGUUGUGUAUGUGUUUUGUGCCCCCCAGCACGCACACUGUUCCCCCUGCUAUUAACUUCCAGUUAGGACCUUUCUUGAACUCUUAGUGUCAGAGUAAAGUUUUCUUAUGCUGAUAAUGUGUUUGUAUUAUGCAACGUACUCAGAAAAAAAAAGAGAUUAUCUCUCUACGACUGUCCUCUCCUCUCGAGAAUCUGUUCUCUUCUGUACAUAUGAUAUGCAGAAUGUAUGGGAGUCUUACCAGCGUUGGUUUGCAUUUUCAAGACUGUACUAAUUAAUGUGUGAUACUAUUGUGUUCUCGUAGUGGCAUCUUUGAUGUAAGAUGUAAAAACUAUUUAAAUUUAAUUUUUUUGUUAUUGUUCAGCUUUUAGAGAUAGCACCAAGGACUGCAUGUUCACUAGAAUCAGCCUUUUCCAAGGGCCGUUGUAGCUGCACACAGGCGCCGGUGUUUCACCCAGAGCAUAGUAACCACGUUCUUGUUUUAAUAGGGGUCAGUUUUGAGCGGAAACUUAAAUUUUCCUGAAGCACCUAGUUUUCUGUCUUUCCCUCUCUCAGACUCAAGCUUCCCGCUCCCGCGCUGUGUGCCAGUCCCGGCCCCAGGACGAGACCCAGCCAGGGGGGUCCUCCUUGCUGCACCCCGCUGGCCCCAGUGUCAGGCUUCCUUGUCCCUUACCUCACCCUUGUGCACGCUCGGUUUUCCUCGGCACUGCUGGCUAUACCAGGACAAAACCGAUGGGAUCGCAUUUUAAAACUAUUUGUGCAAGUGACUUUAAAAUUAAUGAACUAAAAUUUUGAGGAAUUAAGCAAUGAAGGAAAAGAAGAGACUGAGCGGCAAGUUUGGAGUCUGAAUCUUAUUGGGGUGCUUAAUAUAGCAAGAACUUGGGGUCAGUCCCCAAAAGACGGGACCAUUUGGGUGGCUUAGGUCUACAUUUCUUGUCGGGUUUGGAGAGGGAAGAGGGGCUCGGAUCUAGCUUUUCUGGCAGGGCUGGCUUACUCAACAGAUUGAGUCUGAGAGAGGUGUUUCUCCAGAUCAUGUCCUGGGCCAAAAGACAAGACAUGCUGCAGCUUAGGAGUUGUGGGGUUUUUUUUCUUUUAGUUUCUUUCUUUUUAAUGGAGAAAGCAGUUCAAACUGCACCUGGCAAAAUGACUGACUUCAAAAGCAUGUUUUUCCUUGUUAUAUAGACACUCACAAAACAGCAUUGUGUGGUUAAAAAGGCGCGUUUGUGACAGUUUCUUUUUCAGUGCCAAAAUAUAUAAGCAGUAUUGUUUGAAAGGAAAUAAGAAUUUUUUUACUGUAUUGUUAUUACUGUUGAACAAAUAUGGUUUUUAAAUGUUAGAUUUUGAAGACUUUUGUAUUGUAAACUGUUUUGUGACAUGGUGCUUUUUCAUACUGGAAUUACUGAUUGCACCUAAAUAUGAAUUAUUUUGUUUUCUUAUAUAAAUAUGUAACCUUGAACAAUCUUGAUGAAAACCAAUGUAUGGUGGAUACUGACGGUUCAAACAAAUUCUCCUACUGAAAUCCCCUAAAUGUUCUUUCCUACUAAUAAAUAUUCUGCUGCAGCUAGC